AACGCUGACAAAGGUACUCUAGAGAUUCCUCUAAGAUUCGAAUUAGGGUUUCUAGGGGAGAGAAUGGAGGCUGCUAGACAUUUUCAGGGUUCCUGGUUGUGCGUAGGGGAUUGGCCGGCGCCAGGCAAGAGGGCGGCGCUCUUGCGAGUCUCGGCGGCGCCAUCGCCGCUAGGGGGCGUGAGCUUGAGCGCGAUUGCUGCCAGCUCCAGAUCGGCAAAGGUAUUUCGAGUGAAUUGCACAGCAGCAGCAGCAGCUGGAGAGCAAUUAGAAGAGGAGGUACUCCCCGAUAAGCUGCGUGAGAUUGUGAGCCUGUUUGCAGCGGUGCGGGACCAACGCGCAGCGUACGAGCAGUUGAUGCACUACGCCAAGAGGCUUCCACCGCUGCCGGACGAGCACCGCACGGACGCCAACAAGGUGGUGGGCUGCGUCUCCCGCGUCUGGGUGCGAGCCUACCUCGGUGACCACGGCAAGGUGUUCUACGAGGCCGACUCCGACUCCAUCCUCACCAAGGGCUUGGCGGCGCUCCUCGUCGAAGGGUUGUCGGGAUCCAGGCCCCGAGAGAUCGUCCGCUUGACUCCGGCCUUCUUCCACAUGCUCGGCCUCAAGCAGAGCCUCACGCCCGCUCGCACCAGCGGCUUCUACAACAUGUUUAGAUUGAUGCAGAAGAAGGCCUUGGAGAUGGAGAUGGAUUCGUCGGCCGGUUCCUCUCCGGCCACCGCCGCCGUCUUAGCGUCGCCCAAGGAGAGUGAUGAUGCUAGGAGCGCUGCUACGCCUGCUGCUCCUGCUGCUUCUGCUGCUACGCGAUCACCAUCCACGAUAGCCGAGAGCUCGCCGCCAGCUACCUCACGGUCCGUGGCGAUUGAGAAGAAGCUCCAGGAAGCGCUAGCGCCGACGGUGUUGGAAGUGGAGGAUGUGUCUCACCAGCAUGCCGGGCACGCUGCUGUUCGUGGAACCACCGGCGGCGAGACGCACUUCAACGUCAAGGUGGUGGCGGCAGAGUUUGAAGGCCAGAGCGUGGUGAAGCGGCACAGGCGGGUGUAUCAGCUCUUGGAGGACGAGCUCAAGAGCGGGCUCCACGCGCUCUCCAUCGUGGCGAAGGCUCCAUCGGAGCUGGGUUAGAAAUGAAAAUCGUUACGCCACCUUUGUAGGUUCCUUGCUUGCGGCGAGAAAUUUCUUGCACAUAUUAAAUCAUCAACUUGUGGGCUGGAAGCUGCAUAUAAAAUCAUCAUCAACUUGCGGGCCGAAAGUUUUGAGCGGA